CUGUUUUAUCGCAGCUCUCUCCUCGCACGACCCCUGGUCGCACAGCAAAAGGACCAAGACCGGCCCUACCCGUUGACAGCUAGGAUUCAUGGAUCCUCAUCUCUCUCUGGUUUGUUGUUCCCACGAUAUAAUAGCUUUGCUGAUAGCCUACAGUUUGCCUGUAGCACUAAAAUAUGAAUAAUGGGCUAUAUGUGUUGCCUAAGAUUAAUACCAGUCCUACCAGAACACUGUGGCCAUUGUAUGUUUUUGUGAAUUUUAUGACUCCUUAAAGUAAUCAAUGUUCAGGCUAGGCUACAUGUUAUGUAAGGUAAUAGUGGUAGGCCUAUAUUAUGAUUAGAGCCUACAGCCCUACACCUAAAGGGGAUUCAAGUAUUUUCUUGCUCUCUCUUGUACACUGAACUGUAUCGUGUAAGAAGGACUUGAGAGAGGGGGGUUAAGUCAUUUAUUGGCAGGGAGCCGGUUAGUGACGUCCCCACUGGCAUGUUGUUUGUGUGGUUGGUACAUAAUUAGUGCCCCAAGUGGCAGGCCAGGGACAUUUUCAACAGGUUGACUGAGAGUUGAAAAGUAGGUUAGUGGGUCACGGCACUCCGUUUGAGAGGGACUAUAUGGUCUUUUAGAUCAAUAACAUUCAUUAUUUUCUCAGAACCAGGUUAGUCAACACAUGGCAUGAUGUUUGAACUGUGAUAUCUAGUGAAACUUGAGAACAUAAGCAACAACUUACGAGAGCUGGCCACAGGAGGUUGGUGGCACCUUAAUUGGGGAGGAUGGGCUCGUGGUAAUGGCUGGAGCGGAAUCAGUGGAAUGGUGUCAAAAACAUCAUACACAUGGUUUCCAUGUGUUUGAUGCCGUUCCCUCCAUUAUUAUGAGCCGUCCUCCCCUCGGCAAUCUCCACUGGAGCUGGUGUGUAUAGUAGAACCUCAAAGAUAUAAACCUCAGUUAGAAACUGACUGGGACAAUUGUUAAACGCAACAACAACAAAAAUCUGUAGGCUAACAGACAAACCUAAUUGCUUCUAUGUGCUAAAAACAUGUCAGAGAUUUCUAGUAGGCCUAUCUGGCUAACGGGUUAUAAAAUACAUGUAAAUGAACUGUUUUCAAUGAUGAGUCUUUGUUUAAAUGAUUAUCCCCCUCUCUCCACAAGAGGUUAGUUCUGCAUGUGGAUGUAUGAUUGAAUGUUUAGUUAUUUGCCCUUUUGCAGCUGGCUCUGGGUCCAAAGCUGCCUCCCUGCAUUGGACAGGAGAGCGUGUGGUGAGCGUACUGCUGCUGGCCAUGGGGCCUGCUGCCUACUACUUCCCCGGCCCUGCUGUUGACUACUCGCUGGCUGCUAUCCUCACCCUGCAUGGCCACUGGUAAGACAAGAGUUUCCCCUCUAAAAAUGGUUACGGUAAUUGGUUUAAAGGGCACUGGCCUGCUGUCUCACUUCCUUAUUCUGGUUAAAUAUUUUUCCUUUCAUAUUUACACUUAAACAAUCAUUUCCGGACAACAACAAAACAUUACUGGUGGUGACUACAGUUGGAAGCUUUUAUGAAAGAAAAUAGUGAAUAGAAUAGACAAGUGGUUGGGAUAUCCAACCAAGUCUAUCUCCACUACAUUUCUGCUCAUGCAAAAACAGUUUUGUGCUUUCAUUUACGAGAGCUUUUUGAAGAGGUGGGCUUAGUGUCACCCUGGGGCACUGUGCCAUAGCUAGACCACUGACUAAAUGAAUGUGGCAGGUUUAAAGUACAAAUCCUAGUCAUGUGUGGUGUUAAUACCCCUUAGGUUUUAGUGUUGGGUACUUGGAUAUCCUCAAGGCAUGUCACUCUAAUGAAAACCAGUUAAUUCCCAGUUGUCAAGCUUGUCGCUGAGGAGUUGAAAUGCACGCUCAUAUAUAUAUUUUGAACAUCAAGAUGACGCUUAAGAAUGCUGGUCAUGUGUAAUACACCAUGGGUUUUCCAUGUGCUACUUUUGUUAAGUGAAGACAUUUUUAAAACCGCACUCCACAUAUGUUCCAGGAGAUCAGCACCAUUUCACUUUGCCUGACUUGCUAAGGCUGUGUGAGUGCCGCUAUUCUCAACUGGAGUCAUGAAAUACCAUUGUCCAGUUAACUGAGGAACACUAUGAGCACGCCUACAAAGCUCUUAGUCCUCCAAGGCCACUGCUAUGUAAAUAAGAUUGGCUGAUCUCUUUAGGCACUAUAAGGAUUUCACCAUUCCUUAUCCCUUAAUGCUUACAGUUCUGUUUGUUCUCAAUGUAAUGGUAUUGCUUCCGUCCCUCUCCUUGCCUCGAACCAGGGACCCUCUGAACACAUCAACAACAGUCACCCACAAAGCAUCGUUACCUGUCUCUCCACAAAAGCCGCAGCCCUUACAGAGCAAGGGAAACUACUACUUCUAGGUCUUAGAGCGACGUCAUUGAUUGAACGCUACUAGCGCGCACCGCUAACUAGCUAGCCAUUUCACAUGGGCUACAUAAACCGGACAAGACACCCCACCCUGUAGUCUAAACAAAGAAUAGCCUAAGGUCACAUGAUGGUGCCUUGAGCUGUUGGUGUGUUCCUCAAGGUCUUAGUGGCUCCUUGGUGGGUCUUCAGCCAUUCAGAUUAUGCAUUUGUCCACUUCCCUCUCCCUAACAUUACCCUGGGGAAGUCAAUGAAUGAUUAUGAAGUCAAGAUGGAUAUGAUCAGUGGCGUAGUGGAGGGUUAACGCCAAUGUUCCCUCUAAGCUGCGUGUAGUAGCCCCGAGACUGCUGCGCAGCUCCCCCAGGACUGCACGCAGAAAUAUCAGCCCACAGAGAGAAGCACAAGAUUAAACUUCACUCAACUUUCUAGAGCAGUGGUCACCAACCGGUCGAUUGUGAUCGACUGGUCGAUCGCCAAGGCAUUCCUAGUCGAUCGCCAAACAUUUAUGUAAAAAACCCAACGGUAAAGCCUUGUGCUCUUUUUUUCUAUUAUUUUUUUCCUCUGGCUGUUGGUGGUAGGUGCACCUGAUUCAGCUGUCCUGCGUGCCGGGUAGGUGAACUGUUGCCAUUUUGAACCAUUUCAUGUCUGAAGGUACAUACUCUGCCUUCCCGGCUGGCCCGGAGAGCAAAUAAAGUGCACUAUAGGUUUACCGCUGGCCAAUCAGAUGGCUCAGAUUACCGUGUCUGCAGUAAUAAUAUAAUAAUAUAAUAAUAAUAUAAUAAUAUGCCAUUUAGCAGACGUUUUUAUCCAAAGCGACUUACAGUCAUGUGCGCAUAAAUUUUUACGUAUGGGUGGUCCCGGGGGUGGAACCCACUACCUUGGCAUUACAAGCGCCAUGCUCUACCAAUUGAGCUACAGAGGACCACAGUAACGUAACAGGCAUUAAAACAAAGCUACAGCAAAGUUGACAGAUUUCAAAACGUUUCAAACCAUGACUAGAGAGAGGCUGUCAACGUAGACAGCAAAGAGCUGCUGUUUUUAUGAGUGAGUUCAUGUUUAAGUUGGGGGGCCAGUAUGAAAAUGUUUUUGUUUUUUUCACCUUUAUUUAACCAGGUAAGCCAGUUGAGAACAAGUUCUCAUUUACAACUGCGACCUGGCCAAGAUAAAGCAAAGCAGUGCGAUUAAAAACAACAACACAGAGUUACAUAUGGGGUAAAACAAAACAAAGUAAAAAAUGCCACAGAAAAUAUAUAUACAGUGUGUGCAAAUGUAGCAAGUUAUGGAAGUAAGGCAAUAAAUAGGCCAUAGUGCAAAAUAAUUACAAUGAGUAUUAACACUGGAAUGAUAGAUGUGCAAGAGAUGUGCAAAUAGAGAUACUGGGGUGCAAAUGAGCAAAAUAAAUAACAAUAUGGGGAUGAGGUAGUUGAGUGGGCUAAUUUCAGGAGGGCUGUCUGGAUAAGAGCGUCUGCUAAAUGACUAAAAUGUAAAUUCUUACUCAGCACUGUCAACACUUUGUAUUCAACACUUUGCACGUUCUUCCUAUUUCCACUCAGUGCUACAACAAGCACUGCAGCAAUAAUGAAUGAGUAGGAAAGUGUGUCUAUAGGCUUGCGUUAUUAUUAGCAGCUUGGGUUUUUUUUAUAAUCAAGGAAUAUUUCACUUUCUCUGUUCAUAGGAGUAACAACAUGAAUUUGUGCAUGAGGCAGAAAUAAUGCGGUGCGACUCGAUUUUUGCCAUCAGCUGGAAGACGGUUCCUUUGGUCAGUGUCAGUGGAGGAAAGGGAGAGCGGAGGGAUGUUGAGAGGUGGACCCUCAGUCUGCUGUUCUCUCCCUCCGCUGAGACUGACCAUCAGAUGCAGGCACCGUCAGCCCAGUAAAAUAAAAAGCUAAUUAUUUAAAUGUAUGCUCACUCAGCUGUGCCUCACAAGUAAUACAACAAUGGAUCUAUUACCGGUGGGAUCAUAUUGCCUACCUCAAUUUUUUUAAUGGCCCGAACAACAAUGCAUUGGCAAUGCCAAUAUGUGGUGGUGAUGUAUUCGGCCUAUAGCUUGCUGCACAAAUCUCAUUGCUACAGUACUGUUUUUAAUUGGUUAAAGUUGCAUAGGCUUACAUUUUUUGUCAUGUAAAAAAAACAAAUCUCAGUGGUAGAUCUCGGCUUGAAUUUUGACUCAGUGAUCUUGACUCAAAGGUUGGUGACCACCGUUCUAGAAUUGUCCCUGUUAACACUAUCAACAUUUCCCUUUACUGUGGCAAUUGUGAUCGAAUCAACGCAAUAUUAGCAACAAACCGAAACAAAACAAACUAUGCAAGAGAUUUUGUUGUAGGCAGAAUGCAUCGGAGUAGGAUUCUAUUGCAUUUUCUUUAGUCAUUUUAGCAGACACUCUUAUCCAGAGCAACUUACAGGAGCAAUUAGGGUUAAGUGCCUUGCUCAAGGGCACAUCGACAGAUUUUUCACCUAGUCGGCUCGGGGAUUAGAACCAGCGACCUUUCGGUUACUGGCACAACGCUCUUAACCACUAAGCUACCUACUGACACGCACUACUCAGCCCGGUGCGGCAUAAACAAUUAUAGUUGCAGUAGGCCUAUAUGCAAAUUGCCCAUUGCCAAAUGGAUCUGUGCCAUUUACUUUGAACUCGACUGUGUUUACAGCAUGAGCGGUUAUAAGUAGAUGCGCUUGUUUUGAGAUCAAAUCGAGAGCUGCAUGUAGCCACGUGUGCACAUUUUGUUCAUAUCCUUUGCUAGUUAGUGAGUUAUUAGCCCAGUUAUAGAUAAGUUGUAGUCCGCAUAAGAAGAGUGAUUGCUUCCUACAAGAGCACAAAAUGUGUACAUUUCUAGACAUAUUUGAAAAGCCAGUCAGGUAAAGAGCUUUUUUGGGUCUUAAAGGGGCAGUGUUGUAUUUUGAGACGGGCUUGAAUAAGCUAAGUAGCCAAUAGGCAGAGGGUAGCAUAAUUUGUCUGAUUCUCUAAUAAUGGAAUGGGAAUAAUGCAUUUGAUUUGUAAAGUGGUUUCUUGCAUCAAACACAACAUUUUCAGUCACCUCCUUGUCUGAAGGACAAGUGGAUAAACAGGUUAAUGUUAAGCCCUGUGUGAUUUUUUUCUCUCUCAAAAGUCUAAUUGAAUGUAGGCCUACAUUGAACACCACACAUUGGCUGCUACUGUAGGCUGAAUGGUAGAACAGAUAUUUCCAUGUUAAAAUGUUAUGGGGUGCAUUUUCUCCAUUGUUUUUGAUGGUAGGCCACUCUGGUAGGCCUACAUUAUGAUCAAAUAGCCACAGUAGCCUACUAGGCCACUGUUAAAACUAACUUAAAGUGGGUACAGCCUCAGUGUUCACAGUAAACGCACGCUGGAAGUUGCACAGAAUUUUCACAACGUUCAAGUUUGCGCUCAGCAGACCUGGAAUUUGCUCAGUGCCCCCAAAAAUGUGAGUGAACCUUUGUUAACACUGUUUAGCCACUUUUUUUGUUGCCCUAGCAUUUACCCACCUUUUGCGCAAAAUUGCAUUGAAAGUAUAGGGAGCGUUACUUAGAUGGGUAAACUGUGAUCGCGGUGAGCUAUUAGAUUUUUUUAGCAGUACAUCACUGGCUAUUACGUAAUAUUGUGGUUUUAAGCAGUCUCAUAAGUUUCUUGUAUUGUCUUCUCUCUCCAGGGGGAUUUUACAAGUCUUAACGGACUAUGUUCAUGGAGAACCGAAGAUCAAGAUGGCCAACGCAGGCCUCUUCCUAUUGUCGACUGUCACCUUUGCCGGUCUCUGCUACUUCAACUACAACGAUGUAGGCAUUUGCAAAGCGGUGGCCCUAUUAUGGAGCAAAUGA